AGCGGAGCGCGGGGAAGAUGAGAGUUUCGUGGAGGGAGGGACCCGGCCGGGCUGAGGGGCCAGAGAGUCGGGCGGCCCGGGACACCGGCAUCGUCACAGUCGACCUCCUGCCUAGUGACUGACCGGGGACACGGCAGACCACCUCCCUAACCCGCCCCUCUCUCCGGGAGCUGGACGUGACUGUUCUCCUCGACGUUGAGAUUACUUGAUGACAAAAGUUUCCAUUUGAACUUGUCCAUGUCUUGUAUCUUCCCAAGUAAUGAGAUUGAGAAAGAGAAGUAUUGGGAGGAAAUUCCACUGCAUUGGGUCAAAACAGCAGAUAAUGUAAUUGGUUACCGUGAAGUGAAAGCUUUUGGCUGGUCGUGUAAAUUUGAGACUUCUCUGCCAGAGACAGAAGUGAAAUGACUGCUAAGAAAUUUGAACUAGAGUGCAAUGGACUGCUGAAGUCAUGGGAAUUAGACCAGUGAACUGCUUGAGUAUACCUACAGCAGUGCUGUAUGGUUCCUUAUCUCUGUUUGUCUCCAUUCUGCACAAUGUGUUCCUCCUAUACUAUGUAGAUACGUUUGUAUCUGUUUACAAAAUUGAUAAAGUAUCCUUCUGGAUUGGGGAGACCAUUUUUCUCCUAUGGAACAGUCUUAAUGAUCCACUGUUUGGGUGGCUUAGUGACCGCUCAUUUCUGAGCACACAGCAAUCAGGUGCUGCGAUCCCGACUCCAGAAGUGGUAUUGAAACGACUGAAGGCAUUAAUGCGAAAUGGUCCUCUGUUUGCUUUAUCAUUCCUCUCUUUCUGGGUGGUUUGGGCCCGCCCAGGAGUACAGUUUCUCAUCUGCCUUUGUCUGUAUGAUGGAUUCCUCACCCUGGUGGACCUUAAUCAUAAUGCCUUACUGGCAGACCUGGCAGUAUCGGAAAAGGACAGGACUAGACUGAAUUUUUACUGUUCCCUUUUUAGCGCACUUGGCUCUUUGUCUGUGUUUAUGUCCUAUGCAGUCUGGAACAAGGAAAACUUUCUCUCAUUUAGACUCUUCUGUGUAGCAUUGGCUGCCUUUUCAACUCUAGGCUUUAGUUUCUGCACCUGGAUACUCAGACAGCGCUUUCAGUUGGAGCUCAAAGUCAAAUACGAGGAGGCUUCCGUUCUAGAGGAAUUAUACAUUAGUCAAACAUCUCAUACUCAGGAACUGACACUGGCAGAAUACCUGAAACAACUUUCUAGACAUCGGAACUUUGCUUGGUUUGUGACCAUGAACUUGGUGCAGGUAUUUCACUGCCACUUCAACAGUAAUUUCUUUCCAUUGUUUAUGGAGCACCUUCUUUCAGACAAGAUUUCACUCUCCACAGGAUCCUUUCUCCUAGGUGCAUCAUAUAUUGCUCCACACCUAAACAACCUCUAUUUCCUGUCGCUGUGCCACAGAUUUGGGGUGUAUCUGGUUAUCCGAUGGUUAUUCUUCAUAAAACUGACAAUGAGUUUGAUGAUGUUACUGGCAGGACCAGAUCAAAUCUACCUACUUUGUUUCUUCAUUGCCAGUAACAGGGUAUUUACAGAGGGAACAUGUAAACUCCUGAACCUCGUCAUCUCCGACCUCGUAGAUGAAGAUUUUGUGGUGAACAAGAGGAAGCAGGCAGCAUCAGCAUUGCUCUUUGGCAUGGUUGCCUUGGUGACCAAACCUGGACAGACAUUUGCCCCAUUAAUCGGGACGUGGCUUUUGUAUGUUUACACAGGGUAUGACAUUUUUCAGCACGAUGCACUACGGGAUAUUGUGAGCACAAAGCCAGUGGUGGAAUCAAAUGUGGCCUGGAUGGCAGCAGUUCGCCAAGGGUGCUUCUACCUGCUGGUCUUCGUACCUAUCACGUGUGCUGUGCUGCAGCUUCUGGCCUGGUCUCAAUUCAACCUCCAUGGUAAAAGGCUGCAAACAAUCAAAUCAUUGAGGCAGAGUACGUACCAGGCAGACCUACAGGACAUUAAAGCAGUUUAGGUUAUCCGCCUAAACGUGCAGGGGCCAAUACAUCUGUCAUGUCUACUAGAUUAGACGUGAUGUUUUUAAUUGCCACUUCAGCUCAGGAUAUGGAACUUUCACUUUCAAUGUAAUAAUAUUUUUGUUCAGAUAUUUUGAGUAUGAAUUUUGGAAACUUCAUUAAUGUAGCAAAAGACAAGUGAUUCGUAAGACCAUUGUGCCUGAUCAAUUUUCUUUUUAAUUUAACUUCUAAUGUUCACCUGAAGGAGACUACAAAUUGUAUUUUAAUGUCUAGAGUACAUUUCAAGAGUCAUUUAAUGUGUUAAGGAUGCACAAGGUCUUAAGAUUUGCAGAGUCUGUAUUCCCUCAUGUUGCAAAAUUCUGCAGAGUAUAAUUCCACAAUCAGCCAAUUACUCUUGGAGCCAUCUGUUUGCAUGUGUAAUUUUAAAUUUGGAUUGACCGAAAGAUUGAUACUGCUCUGUUGGUAUUGUUCUGCGCUGAACUCUGUUGUUGCUGAGUAACAUUCCCCUACAUCAGCCAGUGGCUGAGGCAGAGAGUUAAAUGUUGGCCUUCCACCUCCUUUGGAGCCGCAUUAAAUUCCACCCAAAUCAGAAAUCUGUGUUGUCUGGAUGUGAAAUUAGUUUGACAGUUUCACUUCAAUAUCUAAGCGGGCUAAGCUUCAAGCACCAAACUUUUAAUUUGGCAGUCUCUUUGCAGGCUGGCUGGAGAUUUUAAGGAAAAGAAAGUGAAGUGUCACAAAAGGACAGCAAGAUAGCCUCUUGUAAAGUGGUAGCUGAGACACCUUGAGGCAGAAAAGGAGGUGUCUUAUCUAGAAUCUAACCAUGUUGUACCUAACCUGAUAGUGAGCAUUUAAUGCUGAGGCUUUGUGUCCGUAAUGGGAAAAUUUUCCAUUCCAUAGCAUUCACAAAAUUGACCUGAAUGAGAAACAGAAUUUUCUGAAUCCAAACCAAAAGGCAGUGGGAGUGAGACUAAAUUGGGCCUGCCUGUAUGACUGAGAAUGCUUGGACAUAGCAGGACAGAAAAUGACCUGGCAAUGAGGAGGAAUCUCAGGUAAUAGACACAUCACUGGCCAAUUGCUCAAACUGUGCCAAUAAUUUCUUCACUGCUGGUACUUACUGUGUGUUAAUUAUUGAUCAAAAUAGUUUGUAUUUCCCAGUUUUCUGCCCAGCAACAAUUGCCUCAUGUAACAGGCUCAUGGUGAAAGUUGAGGUUGAUUGAUAGACAUCAUAUUUGAGUGUGUUAACUUGUAACGGUCUCUCAGGCCACUGGCAGCGCUGGGUUUAACAAUACUGUGCAACCUGAAACUGAAAUGGAGCCAUCUAAUGAUUCAUUUUAUGUUGAACUCUCUGGAGCCGUUAUUAGUUUGAGUGUGUUAAGUUUGCACUUCAAACUUCUGGACCAGAAACCAACUUCAUUUGUCCAGCUUUUAAUGUAAAUUGUGUUGUGUUAUUUAAUGUCUCUUGUAAAGCUUUGAAAGCCUAAUUUACAAUCCUUAAUAGCACGUUAAGUAAAAUCACCAGAAGUGCCAAAUUAUAUUUAGAAGAAUUUGCAUAAAUUACUUUCAAAUACUUGUAUGCACGCUUGCGUUUAUUUAUUUUCCAGCUCUCUCUUUAUUUGCCCGUUGACUCCGGGUUUUACUGUCCCUUCUGCCUUUCCCAUUGCAUAUAUAUGGUCUGAGGCUGGGAGGUCCAACAGUGGAAACUAUCACAUUUUGAUCCUGACCCUUCAUGGAGGUGGAACAGGGCGGAUUGGCCAGUAUUUUUUCCUGUCCUUCACGUUGUAUUUCAUCAUUGUCUAUUUUUAGCAGUUCCUCAGAGAGUUGAAUUCCUGGACUUUAUGUUGUCUUCUGUAACAAUGUAAAUGGAAGAGAAUUUGAUGUUUUUCCAUUUACAACUGUCUGUGAGAGAUGAAAUUCCUCAACAGUGUUGUUGAUUUUUAAUUGCAUCCACUGCCAACCUGUUUCAUAUUAAUGUAACUUUGAAGUAUAGUUAAUGACUGAAGACUUCUGAGGGCAAGAACAGUUUUUCUGUGAUUUUGUGUCUGUCACUCUGCAGAUUUGCAUCUGUUCUCCAGUACAGGGACUGAUGGGAUGGCCAGUCUUUCAGCCUUCUGGCCCUUGCUUCAUUGACAGUAAGCUGUUAGAGAACAUGGGUGAUCACGGCUGACUUUUAUUUUAGUCUGGUUUUUACAAACCUGAGUAUUGACACCUAGUAGGACACUGGCAUUGAACUCUCAAUUAAGAAUUGGUUUCGCUUAUCUAAUUCUGGGACAUGGGAGCAUCACUCAGGUUCUAACAUCUGGUAAUAACUGCAGUUAAUAACUGCUUCUUACCAAUUUGUAUCCUGAUCAGUAAGAAAUACCCUCCCAUGAAUUGGAACAGUGGUGUGCUUUCUAAUGCUGCAUAUAUCAGCUCAAAGGUAUUGCUUUUAAAAUCUCUGAAGUAUGAAAAGGAAGCCAAAUAUAUUUUACCUUUUUUUUAUUCCUGUGAGAUUUAAUCGAUUUCAUGUUCAGGAAUGGGAUGAAAUGAAGACAUUUGUGAAACAGGUCACUGCUUUUAAGUUGUAGCAAGCCAGAAAGUUUUGUUAUAUUAAAUGUUACUUACAACAUUUUAAAGAUUUUGAAAUAAUUAUUCAGCAAACAAAAUAAAGAUUUGUUUGAUGUAAAA